UCAGCGGCUGCUGGUCUCCUGUAGGCAGGUGAUCUUUCAGAAAUGGGAGUAGAAAGAUAGUUCUUUUUCUCUCUCGUCAGUUUUUAGCCCAGUCGUCAUCGGUCAUGUGCGGUCCCACCUACCAAUGUUGCUUUUGUUUCCCCAUCGAAGGCGGGGUUCGAGUCAUUGCCAUACUCUGUCAACUGCCCGAAAUGGCUGCAUUCGGAUAUGAAUUGUGGAUGACAUUGGAGAAUAAUGGAUCCUUUCGCAUCCAAUCGGGAGGAGAGAAUGCCUCGCCCAUGAUUUAUAAGAUUGUCGGACUAAGCUUCGUUUUCGUUGUGGCCAGUCUCACCAACGUUUUACUCUUCAUUGGGGUCCUUAAAGAAAAGAGGUGGUGGAUUCUCCCAUGGUUGUUAUUCAACAUGUUGGCCAUCGUUGUCAUUGGCUUCAGUAUACCUUUGCUCAUCAUUUGGUUCCUCUUCAUCUCACCUGUUCCCAUCUUGACACUUCUGGCAUUCAUUCCACUAAUGGUCAGCUUCACUCUCCUGGUAUUUUGGGUUCACGUAAACGGAUACUUCAUCAAAUUAGGGAUCGACGAAAUCAAAAGAGCUCACAACGAUUCUAUGGAUAUACCUCUAUCGACAUAAAAGGGCUUACUAUAAGAAUGCUGAAAGUGAUCAAAUCUUGAAAAAAAUCAUAGGUCCCAUUUUGAUGGAGAAUGUCAUGAUUUCAUUCGAGGUUCAAGUCGAAAGAAAGCCUGGAACUAUAUGUAUAAACAUCAUUCGUCAUUCAAAACA